UUUACCUCAAUUUAGCUGAACUGAUAAAUUACUUUGCACUUAGAAUUUUUGGUUAUUGGUUGGUUAUUGGUAUUUAAUAAUUAAAAAAUAAUAUUUUCAGUUAUAAUUUGAACAUUUGCAGCAAACAAAGAUGCAUUUAUAAUAAAAGUGAAACAUAUAACUUUUGAAUGAGAACUUACGAUUUGAUUUUUUUAUAGUAUGAACUUUAUAUAUUUUUAUAUUGCAGCAUUGCUGCUGCAAAUAAUUAGAGCAACCGUGCUGCCGGCUUAUUUAUGGCCGCUAGCUUACAUUUAUAACAAUACCGUUCCAGUAACACCUCUCUUAGCAGUCCAUGGUGGUGUUGUUCAAGGUAAAGACCAGUCACUAGAUUUUGACGGAAAAACAGGGUGGAUUGACGCAGGAGAUUUUACUGGUCAAUGCAUUGCACAACCUUCUUUAUGCAAAGAUGGAUUAUCUUUAGGACUUCGAGUAAAGCUGAGUUCUGUUCAAAGUUCUGAUAAAGCAUUUGUUUUUGAUAGUGGUGGACAUCUUGGAAGUGGUGUUUCUUUUUAUAUUAAAACUAACUAUAUGUUUUUUGAAGUUGGUUCAUCUAAAAGAUUAUGGCAGGUAAGAGUUCCGCUUAAAAGCGAUAAAUGGCACUUUAUUUUACUUACAUGGUCAUCUACACAUGGCUUAAAGUUGUUCAUUGAUGGUCCUCUUGUUGCCACUACCAGACAAACACAAUCUUCAGUGACUACUAUAGAUGUUAGUAACAAUAUUACAAUAGGAAAAGCUAAUCAUGAUUUUGAAGUUACAAAUGGAGGAUUUUCAAUAGAAAUGGUGGCAAUAUUUAAUAAGUUUGUAGCAGAGGGAAAAGUGAUGUUGUCAUACUCUUACAGUCCUCCUAAUUUCCUCCAAGGAAAUAUUAGAUAUGUUAAAGCUAGGUUUAUUAACCAAGGACAACAAAUUAUUCAAAUAUUUCCUGAUCGUGGAGCUAAGAAAACUUCAGGAUAUUCAAUUAUGCCUAAAACAUCUACUUUGCUCGAGUUUGUGUUACGCGAAGGGCCACUUCCAUAUGGAAUAGAUUUUACACUUAAGAAAAAUGAUUCAGGUGAAGUGAUUCAGUAUAAUGGAAAAAACUUUGUUCAUGUUGGUGCAUCUGAUGAUUCACAGGUUUUAGCAGAAAUUGUUAUUGGCAAUGAUUUAAUUACCAACCUGGUAUAUUCAACUCAAGGUAUUACACCAGAAUAUGAUUUAAAUACCCCCAGCAGGGAAAAUAAAAUCCUUUUGAAUAAUACACUUGUUCAUGGUCUAUCUGUAAGUUCAUUUGCUCCUGAUAAAAUUGCCUCUGUUGAAUCUAUUGAUAAGUAUCAUUCUGCCGCCUUUGUUAGUCAAAGUAACCAAGAGAAACCAGAAAACACUCCUUUAGAAAGUGAAAUAUCAAAUGAAUUAUUGAAUAAUAAUACUUCAUUAACUCAAUUAAAUGUUUUUGUAGACACAAAUAAUAAUGCAAGUUCUGGUAAUGAAAAAUUGCAGAAUAUAACAGAAAAUAAAGUUAAAGAAAAAUUACAAAUGGAUUUGUAUAAUAGUACGCAACUUCAAACUAAAAAUGAAACUGAAAUAAAAAAUUAUACUAUUGAAACAAAUGAAGUUCUUAUUAAUUUAAAUAAUUCUGUUUUUAAUAAAAAUUGGCAAUUGAAUGAUACUACAAGUCCAAUUCAGAGCAACAUUACGCUGUGUAAAACAUGCAAACAAGAUGAAGUCACCAUUUCAAAUGAGCAAGUAACAAAUGUUGAAACUAUGCUUAAUGGCUUAAAGAUUUUAAGUGCUAUUAAAGGAUCUAUUAAUGUAUCUCUAAGUAAUGUAACUAACUUAUAUGAAAAUAAUGUUGACUGCAGUGAGCCUGCAACUAAUGGAAAUAAUAAAUGCAAUAAUAUAUCAUUCACAUUAAAUACAGUAUCUACAACAACAUCAACUGCAGCUAAAACAACAACAACUACUACAAUGAUGCCAAUGACUACUCUAACUACAACAUUGACAACAACAUCACCAACUACAACCUUAAUGACUACAACAUCACCAACAACAACUAUGACAAUAGCGACAUCACCAACAACCACAUCACCACCACCACCAACAACAUUACUAACUACAACAACAUCAUCAACUACAACAACAUCAUCAACUACAACAACACCACCAACUACAACAACACCACCAACUACAACAACACCACCAACUACAACAACAUCAACCACAACAACACAAACUACAACUUUUCCACCUCCAACAACAACUUCAACUACUUUAUUUAUGACAAAUCAAGCCGCCAUUAAAUAUCCAUCCUGGGAUGCAUUAAAGUCCUUCCAACUUUCAACAGCAGCUCCAACUUACAAUAUUUUUUGGACUCCUCCGCAUCAGUUACCUUUAUACAAAGAUUCACAUUGGACAUUUAAGUAUGUGGAAACACCAAAGCCUCCUAGUGCAGGAUGUUUUAAGUAUGGAGAUCUGGAAAUAUGCUCAACAACCCCACAAACUUCAACAUCUUCAACAACAACCAUCAUAACAACUUCUGCUCCUGUAACUACCACUCCAUCUACAACAUUUCGUAAAAGAACAACAAAAUCUUUUACUCAACCACCACCACCUUUGAUAACAAAAUAUAUUACUAAUCCUUCUCCUACUGUAAAAGUUACUAACACCACAACAAAGUCAACAAAGGCUACAAAAUCAGCUGUCAAGUUUUUAAGUAAUAACUGCAUUUGCAGACCUGUUACAGCUUUUAUUUUACCGUGUUGCUUACAAUUAGUAAGAAUGGGAGCAUAUUCUCCUGUUUCUGGUACUGUAAAUGGAUAUCAAUCAGGAAAACCUUGCUUUUACCCAAAUUGUGUAGGGCAGGUUUAUGGUCAAACAGGGACUAUGUUACUAAGUCCAAGUAUAAAUGGUCAAUACAAUGUUAUGCAAAGUCCUGUUAUUUCAUUCAAUGGUGCUGAAGGUAUGACUCUUGCAUCACAAAUGAAUAUGAAGCAGCAACAAAAUUUAUUGGCGACUUAUUAUAAACAACAACAAAAGCAGCAGUUAGUUACAUCUUUACAACAACAAAAUUAUUUGGCGUCAAUCCAAAAGCCACAAUCAGUGUAUAAUGGAGCAGCUUUACUCAAGAAGCCAUCAGAAAAACAAGUAAAUGUUUUGUCUCAACCACCAAAACCUCAACCAAGUGUGUAUCAGUCGGCAUUUUAUCAAAACAGAAAUUUUCCUAAUUAUCUUCAAUACAGUAUGACUGCUCCACAAAGUGUGCCUCAACCACAAAAUAUUUAUUCAUUAAUGAAUUCCAAGUUACAAUCUUUUUAUAAACCUGUUACUAAUCCAUACUUUUAUAAUCAACCAGUUGCUAGUGACCAAAGCAGUUUAUACAAUCAAAAAUAUUAUAACAACAUGCAAGGUUUCAAUGGAUAUCCUUCAAAUACAGUGAAUUCAUUUGGAGACAUUGGCAGCCCUCAAGUAGUCAACUGGAAAAGUCAAUAUAUAAAAGCACGCUCAGAAAUGGGUGAACAUCAUGAAUCUACGUUCAAACACGAAAAUCUAAAUGAAGAACAAGAAACUGAGUUGAAUAAGUAUUUUAAAUUAACUCCUAACAAACUCUGGAGAAAUUCUAUGAUUAUUACUCUCGGUGAAGACUUGUCCAAUCAGACUGAAGCAACACUAACACAAAGUUGGUCAGAUAAACAUUGGAUAAGUUAUGGUGCAAAAGAGACAUUUUCAGGUUAUAGUGGAAAGACCAUACUAUUGACAGAUAUUGAAGGUAAUAACAUUACUUCAGCACCUGAACUUGUGGCUUAUGGAGUUAUUAAGAAAUGGCAAGGUGGAUUAAAAUUUGAUGGAAAAACAUCUUGGAUUAAUGCUACAAAAAUAGAUGCACCAUUUCUUUGCGAUCCUUCAUUGUCUAAAGAAGAUGGAUUUGCAAUUGGCUUAAAAUUAAUGUUUGAUUCCAGCAUUAAACGUUACAAACAACCAAAAUAUAUUUUGGAUGCAGGUGGCGUUGAUGGCAGAGGCCUAACAUUGUUUAUUGAAAAUGGAACAUUGUUUUGUAUUUUAUCAUUAUCAGCACAAACAUGGCAGACAAAAGCAAACUUAACUAUUGAUGAAUGGAUAUAUUUGUCUGUUGCUUGGAAGCCCUCAGCUGGCCUUUUAGUAUAUAUCAAUGGAGUAAAAGUCGCAGAAUCACUAUUACCAACUUUAAUUAAUACAACUUACUCUUUGUGUGCUGGUAUUAUUCUUGGCGCAAAUAUAAAUCACGAUGGAGAGACUUUUCUUUUAAUGUACCUUUCUGCUUUUGAUAUAAUGAAUACUUAUGUAGAGAGCAAGCAAUUAAUGGAUUAUGCACCUCCAAUUCUGAAAGAUAAUUUUAUCGUAACAUUCUCAAGUCUUGAUGGUGAUUCAUUGACAAACCAUCCUAAUAUUAAAGUUGUUGGAACAGUUACUGAAAAUCGUGGUGUCUUGGUUCUAAAUGGAAUGCAAACAUUUCUGUAUGAUACUGGCAACUUUAAAGACACUUUUGUUAUGAUGCCAUUUUUAAGCGAUGCUGGCCUCACUUUUGUUGUAAAGUUUAAAUAUGAAUAUUUGGCAAUGAAAGAGUUGGAUGAGAAAUUUAUAAUUGACUCGGGUGGAUGGUUAGGCAAUGGUGUUUCUCUAUUUGUUUUUCAUGGUGAAUUAACAGCCGUUGUAAGCAGCAAAGGACGUGUUUGGGUGACACAAACUACAGGUGUGUUUACCUCAUGGUGUUUGGUGUUGGUGACUUGGCGUGAAGAUAUGGGAAUCUAUAUGUAUUUAAAUGGUGCUCUUGUUGCUAAAGAAAAAGCAAGUCGUUUCCUUGUUAGUGAAAUGAAGUUUUUGUCAAACUUUACAGUUGGAUGCAGUGUUAAUAAAGGUGAAACAAGUUAUGGGAGGUUUCAGAUUGCGAUGACAUCAUUUUUUCCCACAUAUACAUCAAUUGAUGAACUUAUGAAAAUCUCUCCACCUUUAGUAUUAUUUCCUACAUUUGAUUGGUUUUUAUUGCUGAUUCAAAAUAAUCGAACAUUAACAUCUCCAUCAUUGAGAGUAUUUGGCGAUGUUCAAUCAACAGAAAAUGGUCUAACAUUUGAUGGAGAAACUGGAUGGGUAGAGACAGAUUUAUUAGAAGAUUUUUCCGAAGAAAAAGCAGAAAUAAUUUGUGAACAUUUCCAAAAAGAUGUUUCAUGUCCUUCUUACCAAACCAUAAAAGUGGUUUAUGUUAAUUACGGCAGAACUUCAGAUAUACCUUGCCAAGGAAGACGCAAAUACAUCAUUACAAAUUGUAAAUCAGUUGGAUCACUUACAAAAGCGAAAGAGAUGUGUGAUGGAAAGUCUGUAUGCACUAUGAAGGCGCUAAAUUCUGUUUGGGGAAAUACUUGUCCUGGUGUUGUCAAGUAUCUUGAUAUUCGUUUUCAAUGCAUUGGAAAAGUUCAUCAAAAUGCAAGUGAUCUUCAAUUAGGAGCUCAUUUUCUCACAAACCCAUCACUAGCAAGAAAUGGUUUAACAAUAGUCGUUAAAAUCAGGUUAAGCAAGAUUGUCGAUAGUUACACAACCCCACAUUUUAUAUUUGAUUCUGGGGGUCAUCAUGGAAAAGGGGUUUCAUUGUAUGUCAUGGAAAAAAGAUUGUAUUGCACUUUAUCUACAAGUGAAUCUAUUUGGGAAGUUAGCACUUUUGUCCAUAGUCAAGAUUGGCUUUUUGUUUUGAUAACGUGGCAUAAAGACCAAGGAGUUGUUCUUUACAUAAAUGGGAACAUCAAGGCGAUUUCAACAAAGCCUUCUUUAAGCAAUCGGCAAGUGGCAGCCGCAACGACUUUUGUACUGGGAAAGUCUGUUUUUAAUUAUACAAAUUCUUUCACUCAAUUUCAAGUAACUACGUUUACUGUGUUAAAAACAUAUGUUGCUAGAAGUGAAAGUUUUCGUUUAUUUUCGUAUUACAUUGGCAGAUCUAUCGCUAGUAGCUAUGAAAGUUUUUCUUCGUCAAUAAACCAAGACACUGUCAUAGUUUGUGAAUAUCAGAGUAAAACGAUAUUGUGCCCAAGUGAUCAAUUUAUAGAGAUAGUUUUUGCAAACUAUGGUCGCACGUCUCAAAGACCAUGUGCUUGGGGAACUCAUCGUGAAACUAACUGUAGCUUAUCAAAUGCAGUAGAUAUAGCACGAAAAGAGUGCAACGGAAAAAACUCUUGCGAAGUUGUUGCAAAGAACUCAAUGUGGAAAAUAAAUCCGUGUCCUGGCAUUAUCAAGUAUGUCGAGGUUAAAUAUAUUUGUGAUGGCGCCGCCCCUCAAGGUGCUGUGAGUUCGCAGUAUGUUGGCAGCGAAGAUCCUAACUCCUUAGUGAUUCCCUAACAAGAAUUUUUCUAAUUUUAAUUUGACAUAUUAAUAAGCUAUUCAAUAUAGCUAUAUGCAAUAUAUGUGCUUGUAAUAUAAGAAUGGCAAAUGUCCGUCUUUUCUACCAAAAUAUUUUAAAAAACAGUAAAUAUAAAAAAUGGUUAUUUACAAUGAAACAACGUUUCACACGUUUUUUAUCAAAAUGAUGACAAAAGAGUGACUCUUUCAUGGCGACUAUACUGUAAUUUAUGUUGAAUAUUUUAUGUCAUAUUAAUUUAUGUUUGCUUGACGAACUUCAUAAAAUUAUAUAAUUUUUUAUACAUACAUAUAUAUAUUUAUAACUUAAUAGUUUGUAUUCAAACAAAAUGUGUUAAUAGUUUUCUGA